GCACAGUAUGAUACCAUAGCGUCGCUCAUUCAGCAGGCCACACCACUACCAUCUUUUCAAACAGCCCGUUCCAUGCUUCUGUUAGAUGAAACCCGCAAGGCACACCAACUUGGUGCUUCUGCGGGCAGUGCACUGCUCCAUGCCUCCACAACACCGUCUCCCUCGCCACGUCCAGGUCCAUCCAGCCGCGGUGGGCGUGGUUCUUCCUCUGCCCGACGAGGUCGUGGCGGUCGUAGUUCACCUCGGCCUGACCCCACUCCCACGCAGUGGGCCCCUAAUGCUUGGACGUCUCCGCCGCCAUGGGCCUAUUGGAUGCCGCCGUCACCUUGGGUCAUGCCACCAUGUCCUCAUCCCUCUGCUCCUUGGACUGCCCCAUCACCACGCCCUACUCCCGGUGCAGGUAUUCUCGGUGCUCGGCCCAACCAGGCUCAUCUAUCGGGUCCGGCUCCGUCUCUCACUGAUGUCAAUACCGCCAUGCAUACCAUGACGCUCACACCACCGGAUGACAAUUGGUAUAUGGAUACCGGGGCCACUUCUCAUAUGACUUCCAGUUCGGGAUCUCCACACGGGCACAGUUCUCAUGAGGUGUAAUAGUUCGGGUGAUCUCUACCCUAUUCAGCCACAUAUAUCCAAUCCGGCUCACUCAGCUCUCCUCACCACUUCGGCGACUACUUGGCAUCAUCGUCUUGGUCAUCCGGGGGAUCCCGUUUUUAGUUUUCUUAGAACAAAUAAAACUAUUCCUUGUCCUUCUCUUAAUAAAUCUUUAUGUACUUCCUGUGAACUUGGCAAGCAUACCAAAUUGCCAUUUUCAAUUUCUCGUUCUGUUACUCAUUACCCAUUUGAAAUAAUACACAGUGAUUUAUGGACAUCUCCUGUUCUUAGUUCUACUGGCCAUCGGUAUUAUUUAAUUUUUGUUGACGAUUAUACAAAAUACGUUUGGGUUUUUCCCUUAACCUCUAAAUCACA